AUGGGCGAUCCUCUGGAGAGGCUGGGAUCGGAGGCCAUAGGGCUUGAAUCGAGCAUCAAGGACGACCUCUCCAUGGAGAUCGAUCCUCCUUUCAAAGAGAACACGGCCACAGCCGACGACUGGAGAAAGGCGCUCAGCAAGGUCGUCCCAGCCGUCGUCGUUUUGAGGACAACGGCGUGUCGUGCCUUCGACACUGAGGCCGCUGGUGCUAGCUAUGCCACUGGCUUUGUCGUCGAUAAGCGCCGCGGGAUCAUCCUCACCAAUCGCCAUGUUGUCAAGCCUGGACCUGUAGUUGCAGAAGCCAUGUUUGUGAACCGUGAAGAAGUUCCAGUAUACCCUAUAUAUAGGGAUCCGGUACAUGAUUUUGGCUUCUUUUGUUAUGAUCCUGGUGCAAUACAGUUUCUUAAUUAUGAAGAGAUUCCUCUGGCCCCUGAGGCUGCUUGUGUUGGUCUAGAAAUCAGGGUUGUCGGUAACGAUAGUGGUGAAAAGGUUUCUAUUUUAGCUGGUACUCUUGCUCGUUUGGAUAGAGAUGCUCCUCAUUACAAAAAGGAUGGUUACAAUGACUUCAAUACAUUCUACAUGCAAGGUAGAUAUUUUGGGCUAUACUUGGGCCGUAUUGUACUGCUUUAUUGGUUGUUGGGUGAGGAUGAAGAUAUAAGGUACAACAAAGGGAAGGAGAUUCCAUUUACAAAAAGGAGAAUGAGUUCUUACUGGGGUACAUUAAUGCAUUACCGGUUUUUUCUUGAAACAUUGAAGCCUUGUCUGAAAUUUCUGUCUCAGUUCUCUGGAAUGGAACUUUUUCUUUCCUUUUUUAUUUUACAACAAACUAGUGUAUUUCCAACUCAUGCUGCAUCUGGCACAAAAGGUGGUUCCAGUGGAUCUCCUGUGGUUGAUUGGUUAGGCAGGGCAGUGGCCUUGAAUGCUGGUAGCAAGUCAUCAAGCGCUUCAGCUUUUUUUUUACCCUUAGAACGAGUUGUGAGGGCAUUGAAGUUUCUCCAGAAGGGCAGAGAUUCCUUUGUCAAUAAAUGGGAGGCAGUCUCUAUACCUCGUGGUACGCUUCAGUUAGUUCGUCAUGCAUCUCCCCUGGGUGAAACUGGGAUGCUUGUUGUUGAGAAUGUGGUACCUGGUGGUCCAGCUUACAAGUGUUUGGAGCCAGGUGAUGUUCUUGUUUGCAUGAAUGGGGAAGUAAUUACCCAAUUCCUGAAAAUGGAGACCUUACUUGAUGACAGUGUUAAUCAAAAGAUUGAAAUGCAAAUUGAAAGGGGUGGCAAACCAUUAACUGUAGAUUUGGUGUGCAGUGGCCAGGAUUUGGUGCAAUGUUCUGUAAUUCUUAAUGGAGGUGCUGCAAGAUAUAUGCUCUUUAGAGCUGGAGUUCCUCGCCAUGCUAUCAUUAAGAAGUUUGCUGGUGAGGAAAUAUCACGACUUGAGGAUCUAAUUUCAGUUCUAUGCAAGCUAUCUCGGGGUGCUCGAGUGCCAUUAGAGUAUAUAAGCUACAUGGAUCGUCAUCGAAGGAAGUCAGUCCUGGUCACGGUUGAUCGCCAUGAAUGGUAUGCCCCUCCACAGAUAUACACACGUGAUGAUUGUACGGGCCUUUGGACUGCCAAGCCUGCUUUUCAACCUGAUGCUAUUCUGCUAUCAUCUGGUAUCAAUGGUCUCGGAGGUACAGGAAGCCAAGCAGGUCCUCUAAGUAGUGAGGUCAUUUCUGUGGGACACAUACAUCGCGAUAGCCACGAGGAAUUGACUGAUGGCGUCGCUAGUAUGGAAACCAGUUAUGAGCAUGCUUCUGAAGGAGCACAUUCUCGGGAUGAAUUUGAUGCUGGAACAAAGAAGCGGCGAGUGAAGGAGAAUUUUUCUUCUGAUGGAAGUGUUGUUGCUGACUGUUCUUUUCCCGAAACAAAUGAAGUUAACCUGGAGGAUCCAAAUACCAUGGAGAAUGCUGUUAUGGGAGAUUUUCAAGCUGCAAAUGUAGCCACUGCUAAUGCUUCAUUAGCUGAACGUGCUAUAGAGCCGACUCUCGUUAUGCUUGAGGUUCAUGUACCACCAUCUUGUAUGCUCGAUGGUAACACAGUUGCAAUAUCUUCCUCUGACGUGAUGCUAUCGUUUGCUGCUUUUCCAAUUGAAAUUCCAGGCGAGGUGGUUUUUCUCCACCCUGUUCACAAUUAUGCUCUCAUUUCAUAUGAUCCCUUGGCCCUGGGAGCUAUUGGUACCUCUGUUGUUCGUGCUGCUGAACUACUUCCUGGUAGCCAACAAGCCAACGGGUCUAGCCCAGUGGAAAAGGGUCUUGACUUGCAGACCAGUGGUCUCAAGUUCGAACCCCAUGACAUCUCGGCAGAUCCUGCGUUACGUCGUGGGGAUUCUGUGUAUCUUGUGGGGUUAAGUAGAAGCCUACAAGCAACAUCUAGAAAGUCCACCGUGACCAACCCUUGUGCUGCAUUAAAUAUUGGCUCCGCUGAUUGUCCACGGUACAGAGCAACCAAUAUGGAAGUCAUCGAGCUUGAUACUGAUUUUGGUAGUACAUUUUCUGGUGUGCUAACUGAUGAGCAUGGAAGGGUCCAAGCCAUCUGGGGUAGCUUUUCAACUCAGCUGAAAUUUGGUUGCAGUAGCUCUGAAGAUCAUCAAUUUGUUAGAGGCAUCCCAAUUUAUGCAAUCAGCCAAGUCCUAGAAAAAAUCAUUUCUGGUGCUCAAGGCCCUCCUCUUCUCAUAAAUCGUGUCAAAAGGCCAAUGCCUCUAUCUUUAAAGUCUCUUGGAUGUUCUGCUCAUCUUUUAAUCCCUUAUGGGCAUCUUGACGUAUUUAGUGUAUUUAGAUGGAGAGGAGCAGUCAAAUCCUUUGACGGGGUGGAUUGUUCCAUGAUAGAGAUCAAGCCGUAUCUCCUUAGGAAACUCUUCUCUUUUGAAGGUCCUUGGUCCUCUUUUAGGAGAUAUUCUUCUGCUCUUGUCAAGAAAGAUCCAAUUAGACGACAAGUUUUACGUGUCAAAGGAUGUUUAGCUGGAUCUAAAGCUGAAAAUCUGUUAGAGCAGGGAGACAUGGUUUUGGCGAUCAAUAAGGAGCCAGUUACAUGCUUCCGUGAUGUGGAAAAUGUCUGCCAAGCAUUAGACAAAAAUGAAAACAAAGAUGGCAAGCUUGACAUGACCAUUUUUCGGCAGGGACGUGAAAUUGAUCUUCUUGUGGGAACUGAUGUUAGGGAUGGGAGUGGUACUACUCGUGUAGUAAAUUGGUGUGGGUGUAUCGUUCAGGAUCCACAUCCGGCAGUGCGUGCUCUUGGGUUUCUUCCAGAAGAAGGUCAUGGCGUAUAUGUGGCAAGGUGGUGUCAUGGUAGUCCAGUGCAUAGGUAUGGUCUAUAUGCUCUUCAGUGGAUAGUUGAAGUCAAUGGAAAACAGACUCCUGAUUUAGAUGCUUUUGUGAAUGUAACAAAGGAGUUAGAACAUGGACAGUUUGUUCGUGUGAGGACAGUUCACCUAAACGGGAAGCCUAGAGUUCUAACAUUGAAGCAGGACUUGCACUACUGGCCCACUUGGGAGCUGAGAUAUGAUCCUGAUUCUGCUAUGUGGUGCCGAAAGACAAUUAAGGCGCUAGAUUAUACUGGCAUAUGA